AUGACGAACUACAUGACCAUGGAUAUUCAAGCCAAGACGGACCCUCACCCCGAGGUAAACGAAUCGACCCCCUCCACCAAGUCCAUCGAGCAUGGCACCAACGACACUGAGCUUGAACGCGCUCUCCAUGGCCGCCACCUCCAAUUCAUCGCCAUCGGCGCCGCAGUUGGUACAGGUCUCUUCAUCGGCACGGGCAACGCCCUUGCAACAGCCGGCCCCGUCUCCCUCCUCAUAGCCUUUAUCUUCGUCGGAAGUCUUCUCUUCGCGGUAAUGACAGCCCUAGGCGAAAUGGCAGCAUAUAUCCCCGUUGCAGGUGCCUUUACAACAUACGCCUCGCGCUUUCUCGACCCAACAUUUGGCUUUGCCAUGGGUUGGAUUUAUUGGUUCAGCUGGACCAUUACGUUUGCGCUCGAGUUAACAGCCGCGGGACUGAUCAUCCAGUACUGGGAGAAGGGACUGAACAUCGGUAUCUGGAUCGCUGUAUUUUGGGUCCUCUUCACUGCUGCCAACUUCAUGCCUGUUCGUUGGUUCGGAGAGUUCGAAAUGUGGUUUUCGAGCAUAAAAGUCAUCACAAUCAUUGGCUUCAUCAUCUUUUCGAUUUGUGUCAAUGCUGGCGUCGGAGAUCAAGGAUAUCUCGGCUUCAAGUACUGGAAAGACCCUGGAGCAUUCAGUGAGCAUCUUGUCGAGGGAGAUGUUGGACGUUUCGUCGGCUUCUGGUCGGUCUUGAUCACCGCUGGUUUCAGUUAUCAGGGCUCAGAAUUGGUGGCCAUCGGUGCAGGCGAAACCAAGGAUCCGCGCAAGACGAUCCCUUCUGCGAUGCGUUGGACAUUUUGGGGCGUCUUUUCAAUCUUCGUCGCGACCGUGUUCUUCCUCGGUCUCAAUAUCCCAUCGACGAACAAAGACCUCCUCAGCGAAUCACAAGACGCUUCGGCAUCUCCUCUGGUUAUUGUGGCUCAACUGGCAGGUGUUCCAGUACUACCUUCUAUCCUCAAUGCGGUUCUUUUGACUGCUGUAUUGACUGCUGCAAACUCGGAUGUGUAUUCCAGCAGCCGCAUCCUCAUUUCUCUGGCAGAUUCGGGCCACGCCCCAGCAUUUCUGAAGAAGACCAACAGAUUCGGAACGCCUUAUAAUGCCGUCGGUGUUUGCGCCGCUGUCGGCUUUUUGUCUUUCCUCAAUCUGUCCAACGACGGAACUGUUGUGUUCAACUGGUUCUUGAGCAUUACCUCUGUUGCGGGAUUUAUCGCAUGGGCUAUCAUUUCGCUCUGUCACAUUCGCUUCAUGAAGGCCCUGGCUCUUCAAGGGAUUUCUCGAUCCGAAUUACCCUACGUUGCGCCUUUGCAGCCAUAUUUAUCUUGGUAUGGUCUGUUCUUCAGCGUGCUGAUUAUCAUUACGAGCGGAUUUCAGGUGUUUAUCGAGUGGGAUACCAGCUCCUUUUUCACAGCGUACAUCAGCUUGAUCCUGUUCAUCGUCAUGUUUGUUGGUCACAAGUUGAUCUUCCGGACUAAGCUUGUUCCGCUGAACGAGAUGGACGUUAUCACCGGGAGCGAUGUCUGA